UUCAAAUUCCUCCCCAAAAUGUCCUUUCCCAACAGCUCUCCUGCUGCUAAUACUUUUUUAGUAGAUUCCUUGAUCAGUGCCUGCAGGAGUGACAGUUUUUAUUCGAGCAGCGCCAGCAUGUACAUGCCACCACCUAGCGCAGACAUGGGGACCUAUGGAAUGCAAACCUGUGGACUGCUCCCGUCUCUGGCCAAAAGAGAGGUGAACCACCAAAAUAUGGGUAUGAAUGUGCAUCCUUAUAUACCUCAAGUAGACAGUUGGACAGACCCGAACAGAUCUUGUCGAAUAGAGCAACCUGUUACACAGCAAGUCCCCACUUGCUCAUUCACCGCCAACAUUAAAGAAGAAUCCAAUUGCUGCAUGUAUUCUGAUAAACGCAACAAACUCAUUUCUGCCGAGGUCCCUUCGUACCAGAGGCUGGUCCCCGAGUCCUGUCCCGUUGAGAACCCCGAGGUUCCUGUCCCCGGAUAUUUUAGACUGAGUCAGACCUACGCCACCGGGAAAACCCAAGAGUACAAUAACAGCCCCGAAGGCAGCUCCACUGUCAUGCUCCAGCUCAACCCUCGUGGCGCGGCCAAGCCGCAGCUCUCGGCUGCCCAGCUGCAGAUGGAAAAGAAGAUGAACGAAACCGCGAGCGGCCAGGAGCCCACCAAAGUCUCCCAAGUGGAGAGCCCCGAGGCCAAAGGCGGCCUUCCAGAAGAGAGGAGCUGCCUGGCUGAGGUCUCCGUGUCCAGUCCCGAAGUGCAGGAGAAGGAAAGCAAAGAGGAAAUCAAGUCUGAUACUCCAACCAGCAAUUGGCUCACUGCAAAGAGUGGCAGGAAGAAGAGGUGCCCUUACACUAAGCACCAAACGCUGGAAUUAGAAAAAGAGUUCUUGUUCAAUAUGUACCUCACCCGCGAGCGCCGCCUAGAGAUCAGUAAGAGCGUUAACCUCACCGACAGGCAGGUCAAGAUUUGGUUUCAAAACCGCCGAAUGAAACUCAAGAAGAUGAGCCGAGAGAAUCGAAUCCGAGAACUGACCGCCAACCUCACCUUUUCUUAGGUCUGAGGCCCUGUGAGGCCAGGAUCCGAGAGGGGGCACCGUGUUCCAGGCCCGAGUGCUGGAAGACUGGGAAGGGGAAAGAAACCUUCAUUGCUCUUUGGUUUUUUUGUUUUGUUUUGUUUUGUUCUGUUCUGUUUUCCUGCUAGAAUGUGACUUUGGGGUCAUUCUGUUCGUGCUGCAAGUGAUCUGUAUUCCCUAUGAGUAUAUAUAUAUAUACAUAUAUAUUAAAAAACUUAGCACGUGUAAUUUAUUUUUUCAUCGUAAUGCAGGGUACCUAUUACUGCGCAUUUAUUUUCAUUUGGGUCUUAACUUAUUGGAACUGUAGAGCAUCCAUCCAACCAUCCACACUCAUCCACCCAUCUAUCCAACCAGCAAUGUGACUUUUUCCACAUUUUUCCUCACAUGAAAGUUCUCUGUGUGUGGUUAGCCCAUGAACUCGUGUCAUUCUGAAAACGUCCAGUACUUUUAAAAUUACAUACAUAUAUAUAUAUAUUUCAAACGAAUAAGAAAACCCACAAGCUUGGGGGGAGGGGGACUUUAAAAAGCACAUUACAAUGUAUCUUUUCACAAAUGAACUUAGCAAUUGUCCUUGGUGGAAUGGAGUAUUGACGACUUAUGCCUUGUAGCCUUUCCCUUGUGGUGCAUUUGUGGUUUGGUAGAAGUACAACAGCAACCUGUGCUUUCUGUGCAUGU